AUGCCGUCCAAAGCAGUCAAUCAUCCGCUGAACACCAAGCAGAAGGAACAGGAUAUCAACCAGAAGCUGCAGCUUUAUGGAAUCUAUCAAGCCUUCAAGAAUGGCAAGCUUCCAUCGAACAAACAAUGCGACGUUGCCCUGAACAGUGCUCUCAAAUCUAAGGCGCUCUCGUCACCGUCCCAGGAGCUGUCUGGUGAAGGCCAGACCCUCGUCCAGGAUCUCCGUAACGUUAUCGAACAUGCCAAGAAACUUAUGCUGAGCAAGAAUGAGGGUCAGCUCUUGCAGGAGUUCCUGUGGGAGGCACAGACUGUCUCCUCCGGGGAUACAGAGAAGCCAGGUGUGCCUGUGACGAAGGAUGCGGCCCAGCAAGACGGUCAGGAAGCCCUAGAGGGUCUCAAGACCCUUGGACGGCUCCUGAUCACGAACGGAGAAUUCCGAAAGCUAUUAAACGAUGCUAUGACGCUGGCACGUGAUAUGGCUGGCGACGUCUCCCAGAAGGCCGCAAACAAGCUGAGGCCAUCAGAGGAACAACUUUCCCAGAUUGAUGAGCCAGCUGAAGAGAAUGUGUGGCACGAGCAGCCUGAUUUUUCCAAGCACAAGGAAACAUUCAAGUCUCGCUUUAGGAGAAACAAGGACGAGGGUAAGCAGGAAGUCGCUGGUACUGCGGCUCAGGCUGCCACCGGUGGCCAAGAACCUUCAUCCGUCUCUGAUGUUGACGCGCGCGCUGGUCUUGCUGCAGGUGCAGGUAGAGCCCAGGAUAAGAUUUCGGAGAAUGUCCCUGAAGAGGCAAAGGGCCGUACUCGUGAAUACAAGGACAGGACCAAGAGCUACUUGUCAGAAAAGGUGCCCCAAGAGCGACGGGAUCAGACUAUUUGGCGCUUGAAGAAGAUGGUCAUUGAGAUUCAAGGCCAUUCUGAUUACCAACAGGCAAUCCGAACUCUUCUUUCGAUGGCUGAAAAGUAUGGUUCCCACGGACGGAACUUGUCCCAGCAGGGUGCUGGUUCAGUCCAGGGCUUCCGAAGCGGCGAUAAGAUCCAGCGAAUGGAGGCCAAUCUUCGGACAUUGAUUGAACGUUUUGCCAACCACACGUCCCUGGACAAUCUAUUUGACUCUCUGGACAACAUCUACCGAGAUGCAGACAGGGAUCCUGAGCUGAAAGGAUGGUUCCGAAACAUGGACACCUUCAUCCGGAAAACCCUAACCGAGCAAGGCUAUAUUAUGGAUGAUGAUUGCAAUCGCCAGUGGGACCAACUCACUGACCAUGGCCGUUACCUCCUGCGUGAGCGCUACAGGGAUCAUACCGAUCGCAUUCUUGAUGAGCUUAAGUUCCUUGGCGAUCAGUUCAACCAAGACCCUCAAAACAAAGCAUUUGGGGAUGCGAUGCAGAAGCUCUUCGAUGACCUUGGUCGCGACAACAGCGGCAACAUGGCCUUCAAGAAGCAUCUCGUCAAGGACAUUAGGGAUGUUAUCCUACCUGAAGUUCUCGAAAAUGUCCGCUAUGUCCCCGUUCCUCGUAUCGAAGUGUCUGAUCCCGCAGCCGAUGUCGUUGUGGAAAACCUCGUCAUUGAGAGCGAUAACUUGAUGCCGAACGUCGUGGAAUUUGGCAGCGACAACUACUUCCGGUGGGGACGCAAGAAAAUCAGCAGCAAGAGGGACAACAAGAUUAUGAUUUCGGUGUCCGGAAUUCAAGCCGAUCUCCGAGAUGUGAGCUACUAUGUCAACAAGAAGCAGGGAUUCCCUGCUAUCACCGACACGGGAAUCAUGGACAUCUUCUUGGGUGGCGAAGGCUUUGGAUUCAAGAUUGCAGCCUCCACUGCCCAGAAGGAAGACCGGCAGAACUUCAUCAAAUUGGAUAAGGUGACUGUUAAGAUUGACUCCCUCAACGUCAAGUUGAAGAAGUCAAAGCACAAGACCCUAUUCACGGUCUUUAAGCCAUUGUUAUUCCGGGUCGUCCGCCCAACUCUGGAAAAGGUACUCGAGCAGCAGAUCCGGGACGCCUUCGCCAAGGGAGAUGCCUUUGCCUACGAAAUCCACAGUGAGGCAAAGAAGGCACAGGAGGCUAGUAGCCAGGAUCCCGCAAACGCGCCCAACAUCUACUCCCGCUAUCUUGAUGCUUUCCGUGCCAGAAAUGAGGACAAGAAGCGGAAGGCGCAAGAGAUUGCCAAACGAGACACUAAGGUGCAGACAGCUACAACUCUGCAUGAUUCCCUCUUCCCCGAGAUCAAGCUUCCUGGCGGCAUCAGUACCAAGGCCACUGAGUACAAGGAACUUGCGAUGAAGGGUGAACGCUGGGAAUCUCCCAUCUUCAGCAUUGGCAGCGCCUCGGAAUCUUCUGAUAUUCCUAAGGCGGGUGACAUUUCUCGCAAACGGGAAUCACCUGCCGAAAAGGGUGGUGUUAGUGGAGUGACUAAUGGAGGCGCCACAAACGGCAGAGUCACGAAUGUUAACCAGACCAAUGGAGGUGUCACCAAUGGGACUACCGCUAUCACCCAGAAUGAGAAAGUGACCAACGGAGGUGCGCAGCCUAUGGAUGGUCGAGUGACCAAUGGCAAGCACGCUAUUUCCGGGACCAAUGGACAUACAAAUGGACAUACCAAUGGUCACUCCAAGACAUAUGACCAUGCGGCCGCGUCCCAGAAAUUCUCCGAUGAAGUCAACCAAGCGUUCAGUGACGGAAACGUUGGCGGUGGUACUCGCACCACGGUUCCAGGCGUCGAAACGGCCUUCAACCCUCAAACUGCUUAG